CAUCAUCCUCCACUCUCUUCUCUUAUCUUCCCUCGUCCUGGCCCUAUCGGGUCCCCAACACUGUUCUCCUUCGCCUCCGCAAUGGGCAACGGCCUCGUGAAGCUGGCGCCCUGCUUCAGCGGCGACGAUCGCCCCGUCGGCGACGCCGCCGCCGAGUCGUCUGAGACCGUCGACGAGGGCCUUGGGCACUCCUUCUUCUACGUCCGCCCCGACGGGGGCCCGCACCUCGCUCGCUCCGGAUCCAAUGGCUCCUCCUCCUCCUCCGCCCGCGUCCACCACUCCGAUGAGGCCGCCGCCGCAAGCACCACCACGUUCCGCUCAAUCUCCGGCGCAGCUGUCAGCGCCAACGCCGCCACCCCACUCUCCACCGCGCCGCUCAUGUUCCGCAACGAGCUGACCUGCUCCUCCGCCGCCUCCUUCGAGAGCUCCUCCUCCUUUGCCUCUGUCUCUCUGCAACCCCGACACUCCGGCUCCCUCUCCGGUCCGAUCGGCUCCGACCGCCACUACUUCGGCUCGGGUCCCCUGGAUCGCGGAUUCCACUCUGGCCCCCUGGAGCACCACCGCGCUUCCGUCGUUUCUUCCGGUCCGCUCGACCGCCUGCCUUCCUCGUCGUCCUCCGCUGGCCACUUGUACCGCAGCCUGCCCCACCGCCUCGCGCCCAGCCGUGCCGCCCGUCGCCGCCGAUCUGCGCCUGCCCUCAUCCGCCGCUUCACCAAGUACCUCUCCAGGACGGUCACCAAGUUCCGUUGUAUCGCCACACCCGCCAAGCCCUCCGAGAAACCAAGCGGCGCCAAAGUUCCCAACUUUAUCGCCCAGCUCGUCUCGACCGCCGAUCCCAGCAGCAACUCCACCACGAUUACCAGCAGCGGCAACGAUCAGACAAGCUUCGACUGCCUCGGGGAUGAAUCCGAUUUGUCGGAUGCGGCGAACGGCAACCUCCACUGGGCGCAGGGCAAGGCGGGGGAGGACAGAACCCACGUUGUCGUAUCGGAGGAACACGGCUGGGUUUUUGUCGGCAUCUACGACGGCUUCAAUGGCCCCGACGCCACCGAUUACCUCCUCGUCAAUCUCUAUCCGGCGAUCCACCGGGAGCUAAAGGGGCUGCUCUGGGACGACCCACAGACCGGCUGCGAACGCGCCAUCGACACAUCGCAGGAGCUCGACGACGACUGCCGCAGGGUUAAGGGAGGCCAACGCAAUGCGGAGAGCUCGGAAAUAAACAGACGAUCGAAGGAACAACUAACACAGUCGAGCGGCGGCGGAAUCGACCACAGGGCGGUAUUGAAGGCGCUCUCGAGAGCUCUAAGGAGGACCGAGGAGGCCUACUUGCGGAUGGCCAACACGAUGGUCUCUGCAAACCCCGAGCUGGCGCUCAUGGGGUCAUGCGUUCUGGCGAUGCUGGUGAGGGGCGAGGACGUGUACCUGAUGAACGUCGGCGACAGUCGAGCCGUUCUGGGGAGGAGAGCGGAGCCUGAUCUGUGGAACCUGGUGGGGCAAGCGACCCAAGAUCUGGAGGUCAUGAGGAACGAGACCAUACGCUAUCUCGAAUCCUACGAUGAGUUGGUCGCCCUGCAGCUCACCUUGGAUCACACCACCUUCAACAACGAGGAAGUGCGAAGAAUCAGAACCCAACACCCCGAUGACCCUGCUGCCAUCGCCAACAACAGGGUGAAGGGCUCAUUGAAGGUGACGAGGGCUUUCGGCGCCGGCUACCUGAAGCAGCCCAAAUGGAACAAUGCACUGCUGGGAGCCUUCAGAAUCGACUACAAGGGGACGUCGCCAUACAUCAACUGCAACCCAUUUCUGUGCUACCACCGACUCGGCCCCAAAGACAAAUACCUCAUCCUCUCAUCCGACGGUCUCUACCAAUACUUCACCAACGAAGAGGUGGUCACUCAAGUGGAGAUGUUCGUCGCCACGAAUCCCGACAGCGAUCCUGCUCGAUACCUCGUGGAAGAAGUCCUCCAUCGAGCUGCAGAUAAAGCCGGGAUGGAUUUCGAUCAGCUGCUCGAUGUCCCGCAAGGAGACAGGAGAAGGUAUCACGAUGAUGUUUCCGUCAUAUUAAUCUCCAUGGAAGGAAGAAUGUGGAGAUCGUGUCUGUAAGCGAGUUCGGUCUUCGUCGUGACGGUGGAGCUCUGGACGGAACGUGGAGUUUAAAGGAGGUGAAGCACACUGUACAGAGCACAGAAGGCACUUGCCAUCUUCGAAUCACUGGUUCUUUGCAGAGCUCCAUUGUUCGGAUCGACACAACCGGACACCCAUUUGCCUUUCCUUUCUCACCUUCCGAGAUUUGUCGUACUCCGUGAAACUAUAAUGUAAUUUGAAAUGAGGCUCUCAUUCUUUCUUGAUCAGAGAUGCAGAUGGAAGGCCCAAACAAGCUCGAAAGCUUAGAGACUCUCAAGCAACUAAAUUACUUGUCUAGUAAAUCAAAGUGUAAUCGAAGGUUGGUGGUGACGUUUUACA